GGCGCGUAGGAGAAGGCGGAAGUGGCAGGGAAGGGCAAGAUGGCGGCGCUGGGGAGGGCGGUCCGGGCGUUGCGGUCCGGGGUGCGAGGCCGCUCGGCGGGGCCGCCGGGGGCUCUGGCGCUGCCGAGGGUCCCGCUCGGGGCGGAGCCGCACGAGGAGGAGCCGAUGGCGGUGGCGCAGAGGAAGAACCCCGAUUAUCACGGCUUCUCGGAUGACCCGGCCGCCGACCUCCUCAACAUGCGAGCCACCUUCCUGGCCGGCAUCUCCAUCGCCAUCGUCCUCGGCUCCGUCUUUCUCCACUACCUGCCCGACUACGGGCUGCAGGCGUGGGCGCGACGCGAGGCCGAGCUGCAGGUGCGGGAACGAGAGGCGCGGGGGGAGCCCCUCCUCACCUCCAACUACUACGACCCCGCGCGGCUCCCGCUGCCGCCCCAGGACUGAAAAAGGGGGGGUCCCUCCCAUUUUUGGGGUCCCCCCAUGCCUUGGGACCCCCCAAAAUCCUGGGGUCCCCCUUUAUCAGUACUUCCCCGUCCGAUCUGUUAAUAAAAGGGGGGGUGGGACUCCACCGAC